AACGCAUUGCAUGAGGCGGUGGUGAAGCAGAAGUGCUCAGCCUCUAUUUUUAAGCAGAGCUUGGAUGGCCAUCGGUCAUGUAUGAUGUAGUUGGGAUUCCUUCAUUGGACUAUGUGACCCUUGGGGUCCCUUCCGACUCUGCAGUACAGGAAUGGGAUUCUUCAUCUCUCUUCCCCCGUAGGCUUUGCCUUCAGAGGAGCGGUGGAGAGGGGGGAUGUUGGUGUUGGCAGCAUGCCUUUGGUGAGGGUCCUCAUCUAGGCAGUAUGGCCCUGGGGAUUGGGCCCAGUGACCCUAACCCUUCCUGCUUCGACUCCCAGAGAGAUGUCACAAGCAGGCAAAAAGCACCUUCCAAGGGGAUCUCCCAAGACAUUUUUGCUUCCUAAAAGAUUGCGUGACAACACCUCCCCCUCCACCUAAAGCCAGGCAAGUCAAGUUGGCACCUGAGGCAGAAAAUCUCACAAGUACCCCCUGCCCUUGCAGUAAAAAUGCAAUACUAAAUCAAGUAACUGCUAUCUUGCUGCCAUUUGACACCUCAGAACAGCAGCUGGAGGCCACUCUCACUUAGUAAGUCUGCUUCCAUACAAUUGUCCCCCUCCAGUGCAAGGCUGCUGUCACCACCUACUGUAUUUGUGUUUCCCCUCUGGGAGGCCCUACCUGCUUGCUUAACACAGAGGAUGAGUUGCCUGCAGCUGCCCUGCCCACUUCUACUUGCUCACUGGGUGUUGCUCCUACCAUAUGCUGUGGGGUCCUGCUGGAUUGCCCGAGAAAGAGGGGCAUUAUGCUUCCAACGCUUCGCCACUUCUGCCACAGCAGGCCUCCUGCGCCCAUAGCCAGCAUGGGCCCAGUUCGUAGAUACUUAUCUUGGGAAAACGAGCAGCGUUGCCGAGGGCAGCUUGAGAAGUCUACCAACCGAUACAGACAAGAAGCUGCGCCAGCAGCUGUUUUGGUGCCCCUGUGCUCUGUGGCAGGGGACCCAGCCAUCCUGUACACGCUGAGGUCCAGCACCUUGACUGGUGUGCACAAAGGAUCUGUCAGUUUCCCAGGUGGUAAGCGCGACAGCUCUGACCGGGAUCCCAUUGCCACAGCACUCAGGGAGACUCAGGAAGAGUUGGGCCUGCGGGUCGAGGAGGACUGUGUCUGGGGAAUCAUGAUGCCUGUACCUGAUAAGACAAAAAUGAUGGUUAUGCCUGUGCUAGCCAACUUGGGUCCUCUGGAGCGCCUGACUCUGAAGCCUAAUCCCCAAGAGGUUGAGGCCGUUUUCACACUGUCUUUUCGCCACUUGCUGCAAGAAGAGAACCAGGGCUACACUAACUUCUGCCACAAGGGUACCUACAGCCACACACUUCCUGUCUUCCUGCACGGUCCUCACCGUGUAUGGGGUCUCACAGCCAUCUUCACCGAAUUAACUCUGGAAUUGCUGGUGCCAGGGGCAUACCGCAGGCGGACUCAUGUGGUGGGCAGACGCUGACCUUGGCUACCAAACUCUGCUCCCCUUUUCUAUGUUUGCCAAGGGACUUGGAUGCAGGUGGUGCUAAUUCCUUUCCUAAGUCACUGGAGUAUUUUCAAAACGCAGGUCUGUCCACUCUUGUUCGGCACACAGAAAUUGGCUUGUCCUCCUGCUCUGGGUGCAAUUGCAUUUCAUCGUUAGUGGUCGGGGAACGAAUUGCCUAGCCACUUCUGCUAACAGCUGCUGCCAGACUUGUUUAUGAAUAGACUUUGAAUAAACAGACACACUGGGAACUCGGUGCAGGUAUUUGUGAAUGUGUUGAAGACAGAACACAGCAGUAGGCAGUCAAAAGAGAUGUUGCCACUGGACAGUAGCUCAGCUCCAUUCAGUAGCACUUUGUUGACAGGUCAGUUUAAACAAGGAUUUGGCAAGGAUCUUAGGUGUCCAUAUAAUGGCUCAGAACUGUGAACAAAUGCUGAUCCCUACCUUGUUGUUUAUGGUACCCAGGAUGCUUGGCUGAAGGAUGCCUUCUUACAAUUUUCCCCCUUUUUUCUAGUACUUGCCUUCACAAAAUGUUUUCCCCACCUCAUGCAUAUGAGAAUUUGUUUGAUAUUCAAGCAAAUAAUCUCCAUACCCUUUCAGCCAUGUCCAUUUAACGUGGAAGUUGAGUUUAGGUCGUCCAUGUGGAUUGAACAAGAAUUUCUUGAACUAUGUGUA